UAGGAACGCGGUAAUAAAACUGGCGCUAAAUUCACACGCACUUUCAAACCCUUUCCACCAAAACCCAUUAAACCCUAAAACCAAUUUCCUUCUCAAAAUUACCAAAUUCCGAACUACGAAUUGCAAAUUAGGGUUUGGUUUUUGACGACGGCGAACAUGAUGAACAGACCCAAGGACGGCGGCAACCUUCAAGUGGUGGCGGCGGAGAAGCCGAAGCAUGCGGCGGAGUCGAACGCGAUUGUGGAGUACACGCCGCCUGUUUACAAGGAGGAAGAGGAGGACCUCGAAAUCAAGCUCCGGCGGAUCAUUGACAACGUUCCUGUCCGUGUCAGUAACACUUCCGGUAGCUCCGCUGGCUCAGGCUCCGGUGACUUCCACCAGUAUCGCCAGAUGAGACGAAAAGAGCAAGAUCGGCUUUCUAGGAUGGAUGCUGACUACCAGAUAAAGAAAGAAGUGGCUGAAUUCAAUAUGAGAAGGGAGGAAAGACUGAAAGCUGCUGAGGAACGUACCGCAAAGAAGCGUGCAAAACGUCAAAAGAAAAGGCAAAGGAAAAAGGAGAAGAAAAUAAAAGUAAAUUCAGGAGCAGAAGAGCCUCAGAAAGAAGAGUCUUCAGAUGAUGAAGGGGACUCUGAUAUCGGGGAGGCAGAAGAAUGAAUGAGGAGACUCUGAUAUUGGUGAAGAGGUAGUAAAAUGAAUGAUUUAAAGCUUUUACUGAAGUCUGAUUUUCAACUCUUGUUCAAGAUUUUACAUAAGCAUCUUCAAGUAAAAGGGCAAUGGGUUAUGCCACUUCAUGGAUUUCAGUUCCUGUAUUCUACCGUUUGUCAUUUGUGGAAGCUGAAGUCCCCUGUAUGUACCUGCGGAUUAGAUAAAGUGAAAAUAGUUGAUUUAAUUAAACAAUUGCUAUCCGUCUUUGCUGAUGGACUGCUUUCUCUUCUAUUCAAUAGCAGUUGUAGAGGAUAAUUGUGUU